AUGGCGAAUUCAAUGGCUACGCUUUCGAGAAGACUCUAUCGAUCUCUUCUCUCAAACCCUAGAUUAUCUCAAUCUUCCAUGUCCUUCUGCACAAACAACAACAACAUCUCCUCCCGCGAAGACUCCGACUUUGACGAGCUAUCGGCUAACUCUGACACUGAAUCGCCCCCUGAACCGGUGAUUUCAGAUCCGACGUCUCGAUAUCCCCGAGAGCGUCCUCUAGAGAAUGGCCUUGACGCUGGCAUUUACAAGGCGAUAUUGGUGGGGCAAGUGGGCCAGCUGCCUUUGCAGAAGAAGCUCAAGAGUGGGAGAACAGUGACUCUCUUCUCUGUAGGAACCGGUGGGAUCAAGAACAACCGGAGACCGAUGAUCAACGAAGACCCCAGAGAGUAUGCGAGUCGCUCUGAAGUGCAGUGGCACCGUGUCUCUGUUUACCCUGAGCGCUUGGCUGAUCUUGUGUUGAAGAACGUUGAACCAGGUACAGUUGUCUACUUGGAGGGUAAUUUGGAGACGAAGAUUUUCACUGAUCCAGUCACUGGUUUGGUUCGACGUAUAAGAGAAGUCGCUAUUCGUAGAAACGGCCGAGUUGUGUUCUUAGGAAAAGCCGCUGAUAUGCAGCAACCAAGUUCUUCUGAGCUAAGAGGCGUUGGCUACUACUGA